AUGCCGAAAGUCAUUGAGGGCGUGCGGCACAUCGUUUUGAUGGCAGUGUAUGGAUUUGAAUUGCGAGACAGGGUGCGAGAAAGGAUGAGUGGUUUGGUUGCUGUCGACGUUUCCAGCCCGUAUCUUUCAUCAGGCGUCUGGGUGCAGGGCGAAUUGCGAUUGAAGCAAUCGCUUCCUCUGCACGUCGGGACUGAGGCACGCGACAUUUACGAUGAGAGUCCGCUCUCGCUGAAUUUCGCUUCAAACUGGGCCUCUGCGAAUCAGCCAAUCAGCAUGCGUUCUUUAUUACAGAGGUACGCCGUCAGAAAUGAGUCGGUUAUCUUCGCCAGCGAGUUGCCGCCGUCGUGGGAUUAUAGUCCACAGGACUAUAUCAGCAUUAAUUUGGUUUUAGCUGUGCCACCACAGCAGGUGCGUUAUGUUCCAAGUGCGUGGGAGAUGCUGAAGGUCGCUUGGAUGCAAGUGUUGUCUUUCAUAAUUCCGGUGUGGCUCGUCCUGCGGUCUUUGAAGUCGUUCGCCUACGACAACCAAUUGGUGGAUACAUAUAUUGUUCCAAAUCUUCCACCGCUGAGCGAGAUGUGA